CUUAAACUCCUUCCCCACCCAACGAAUCUCCCAUCGAGAGUGAAUGCCUGGUUCGGUCAAGGCUGCUGUGGUCGAAAAGUACAAUUGCAAACAGCCCAUUCAUAACCGCCAUACUUCUUCCUCAUCUCACCCUCCUCCGUCGCUUAUCCAAGUCGCCGCUAGUUGUCUGGAGAUAAGCUUUGGGGUCAUGCCCAUCUCAUAUGAAGCAACAAAAGAAGCGCCUUCCUCCUCGUCCAAAAAAGAUUCACAUUUCGAUAGCCAUGAAUUUCUAUGCAAAUUGGCUCAUAUCAUCCUGAGAGCUAGAAUCCCUUCCGAUCAAUUACACUCUAAACCUACCGUUUCGUCAACGUUAAGCGAAGCUUGGACCUCCGGAUGGCCCGUUCAUGUCGAUAUCUAUAAGCAAGAUAUUUUAUUGGAACGCUGGAUUACAUCAUUGGACACUUCCCAUGUCCCCAGCAGACGUCGAAGGGGACGUCAUGGGACCCAUCAGGAUCACAUUCUAUUGUUACAGUCCGUUUACGCUCACACCAGGCUAAUGCCCAUCCACCCUUUACUAUGUUCCAACACCCUUUGCAAAGACGAACUCUCCUACAAUGUUACUUCAUCCGAGACUCCUUCCACCAGUCCUCGCCUUGCUCACCAUCCCCCCACGGAACGCCGAGAAUUCAAGCCAGAUGCCCAAUUAAAGGUGUUUCAAUUCCAGCGUGUGCAUAUGACCCAACUUGGGGUGAUUCAACUGGAAGUGGUGUUCGAUGAACAUGUUGGCGACCCAAAUGCCACUCAAACCAUUGAGCAUAGCAUCGAGUCUCUUCAUCUGGACCCUCCGCCCGCUGACUACUUUGGUAUGCCCAUACCAGAAACUCCCUCCAAGCGAAAGGCAACCAGUCCAUUUCCUUCACCGGGACAAUCGCAAAGGAUGAUGAACCGCUCGUUGCAUCGUCAUGUUGCUUCUCACUUGGCGAAACAGCAUACAAAGCCCGUGGUACAAUUAACCUUUAGUCCUUCGCAAGAUGGAUCAUCACCUCAACGAGCGCCUUCGCCUGCUUCGUCCAAUCUGGCCAAUCUUUUUUCUCAACAUCAUAGAGACGACCCACCACCAGACCACAUACCGUCGUUCCACCCACUCCAGCUUACGGAUGUGCCUACAUCGAUUCCACAUCUUCCAUUAUCUCCUCCUCGGACGACGUUCUUUGCCAUGCCUAUGGCUCAGUCUAGUAUAGCGAAACGCCGACUUUCUAGGUUAUCGAUCUCGGCCAUGGAGCAGCAUGAAGAAGACACAGAAAAAGAAGAUGACAUCAACAUUCCUUUGGCCACAUCCCCCUCCAUGCAAUAUACACAUCAAGGGCGCACUGUGGCCUACUCCACUUCUCCUUCCUCUCACAUUUUUCAUCAUCCCACCGCAGACCUGAAGCAUUUACAUGUAACUCGACGCAGCAGUCUUGUGCACCAUACUCCGACCCGCCGCAAUUCCUUGGGAUUACCUCAUGGUGAACUCUUUGGCAGCUUGGUGGGCAGUUAUGAGGAGUCUAUUUUAAAUGGUCGCAUGUCAACCCUUCCCUCAAAGCCUAUUACCUUCCAUGCCCAAAUCGGGGUGUUGGGCCAUGGUCCAUGCAAGCCCUCCCUGCGAUGUCCAUCUCACGUCACUCUGGUGUUUCCUUCUUUCUUCUAUGAGCUGGAAGAUAGUGAUCUCCCCACGCCGUACGUUGGCACCAUUGAUCUGGAAGGGGGUUUGACGGGCGAUCGAUUCAAACGCAAGCCAGGCUAUUAUCGUCUCCCACCGCAAGGACAGAUUCAAAUUGUCAUUAAAAAUCCCAACAAAACCGCCGUCAAAUUAUUUCUGGUGCCUUACGAUCUAUGCGAUAUGCCAGCGGGGACCAAGACGUUUUUACGACAGAAAUCGUUUGGCUUACCGGAUGAUCAAGAGGAAGGCGGUAAACUUCGUUAUGCUAUUCACCUUCAAGUGUGUUGUAGUGAGAAGAAGCAUUUGUAUUUGUUUAAACAUAUUCGAGUCGUAUUUUCUAAUCGGGCUUCCAGUGAGAAGCUUCGAGUAGUGUGUGAAGAUCCCGGUGUUCCAAAGUACUUGCCUCUCAGCAAAUGAGCCUUUCUGAAAACGGACAAGGUAGUCCAGCCAAAAAAAAAUUUUCUCUGGUAGCCAUGGUCUUCACGCUUCCCAUGUACAUAUUACUUUUUACUUUCUCAAGUUGUUACAUACUAAAUAAUUCAGAGUCAAAUAAACACCGUGGCUCUUCCAAGACGUG